AUGGCAUCCAAGAAAUCAGCGCAAGACCUCCUCGCAGGCUUCGAUGACCUACCAGACGAUACAAACGCAACACCAACCACAACCGACACUCCCAACAACGCGAAAAGCGCAACAACCACAGGCGGUGAUGACGAUGAAGCCAACAUCAAUGAAUUCCUAGCAGAGUUCUCACGCGAUCGACCAAGUCGGCCUCAUACACCUCGUACGAAUCAAGCGAUACGAUCGUCUGCGGCUGUAUCUGCCUCUGUGUCCAAAAAGGCGAGUCCACGGUCAUCGAGUGAUGCAGUUACAGCGCCUACUGCAGGCAAUUCUGGAUUAUCUGGUGAAGCGCGUACUGCUAGUCCUGCGACAUCAAUAACUGAAACGAAAUCAAAAGGUGAUGAAGCGCCCACGACGGCCGCAUCGUCUUGGGGAAGUUGGGGUGGGUCGCUUUGGAAUACGGCUUCUGCACUCGCUGCACAAACCAAGCAUGAGGCAGAGAAACGACUAGCAGAGUUACAACAGAGUGAAGAGGCGCAGAAAUUACAAGCACGUCUACGGGCUGUUGAUUUAGCGAAAAUUGCAGCAGAAGCAAGGACGUUAGGUCAAGGUGUGUUGGAUGCGGUUGCGCCGCCUAUUGCGGGUGCAGAGGUCUUGAUUGUGCAUGUUACGCAUGACUUACAAGGUGUACGUGUCAAGAAGGGUGUUGAGGAGGCUUUUGAGCGCGUGAUGGAGCAAGUGGAGGGUGGGCACUUGACAGUGCUCGCCAAGGACUUUGCUGGUGAUCUUGCACUAGAGCUGACACAGGGCGGUUUGAAGGAUGCCAGGAAGCUAUGUGAAGCGACUGUUGAAGAUCUCAUGCGCGAUACAGCAGAUGCUGGAGCAAUAAAGGCAGAAGAGAAGGGUGAGGCGGAAGCAAAUGCUGUACCGACUGCAUCUCACAUCUACCUCGCCAUUCAAGCCUACACAACAGAAGAUGGCGCUGAAGAAGGUGCGUCAGUUGUGCAGAUGCUCUUGACUCUGACAGACCCGGCCAACAAGAUCAAAUUUGCAGCCUUGUCGCAAGCAGUACCGCAAUCUUGGCUCCAACUCGCACAAGUCGAACUUGAAGCUGAGACGCAACCUGUCGAGUGGGUAGCAGAUCUAUUGACGCAGAGUUUGACGCUUGCAACGGGUGUGUUGGCACAGCGAUAUGUUGCGAGGCGUAUGGGCAUUGAUGAGUCCAAGACAGCGCCUGGAACACCAAAGCCGGGACAGUCAUCACCACCCAAGGCCAAGUUGGCCUCUAAGCAAGCUGCUGAAGCAGGUUCAGCAAGUCUUGGCCUAUAA